UAAAUGGUGAAGUACUUCCCGGCCAGGGGGCACCGGGGGCCGUGGGGUGCUGGUGGCUGGGAGUUGGAGAGGGUCCGGACCCGCUGGUGAACGCAGCCUCGCCUACGGAGCGGGCGAACCGCAAGGAAAACGCAGUGGAGCCGGUGGAGCCGAGGCUCGGCUGGGGGUGGAGCCCGGACGGGUCCUCAGGCCCAGGACCUGGGAACGCUGGGGAGCCCUUGCAGACUCCCUGCUUUUCCCCACGUGCAGUCCUCGGCUGGAGAAGGGACUGCGGGCGUAGAGUUCUCAUCCCCCAUUUCAGUCUCUGUCUCGCUGUGUACACCUCAAUGUGAGGUGAUCGUAAGCACCCGCGAAUCCGAGGCUUUGAAAGGGGCUGCAGGAAAUGGACUGCAGCAUAAAAUCCAGAAGCAGAACUUGAACGUUUAACCACUGACCCAUUUCUCAGAAUGUUUUAUGCGUUUAUGGACCAAAAGAUGGAGUUGAUUUUUAUUUUUAUAAAGAUAUUGUCAGUGAUCUGAUACAACUGUAAAUAUUUAAUUGAUGAAGAUUCGUGGACUUGUCAUUAUGUUGGACUAGUCAUUUCUGAAAAUUCUUCAACCACAAUUUCUAUUGAAACAUUCAAGUAUCAAAGAAUACUGGGUUUAGAAUGGUUUAAUAAUGUAUUUUCUCUGAAGACUGCAAAUUUCAGAGACCACAGCUAGAUUCCAGUUAUAUUCUUCAAUCAAAGUGAUUCAGUCCUUUGAUAAAGUUAACUGAAGAGUUUUAUGUUUAUAAACAAACCAAAAGAUGGGAGAAAAAAAUGGUGAUGCAAAAGCUUUCUGGAUGGAGCUGGAAGAUGAUGGAAAAGUGGACAUCUUAUUUGAGAAAGUGCAAAAUGUGCUGCAGUCACUGAAGCAGAAGAUCAAAGAUGGGUCUGCCACAAAUAAAGAAUACAUUCAAGCAAUGAUUCUAGUGAAUGAAGCAACUAUAAGUAACAAUUUAACGUUGAUGAAAGAUCACAAGUCUGUGACGAAGAAUGAACAGGAAAACAAGUCAAGUUCAUUACCAUCUACAUCAAAUGAAGACUCCUUUCCAGAAGACUAUACAAUUCUAUCUACAAAAAAUAAGGAAAUUCUCCCUCUGGAAAAUAAAGCUGCAGACUUUAGAGAAAAAGAAUCAUCUUUGAAUUUGUCUUACCAAAGUCAUGAUUGCUCUGGUGCCUGUCUGAUAAAAAUGCCACUAACCAAGGGAGAAAACCCUCUGCAGCUACCAAUUACAUGCCACUUCCAAAGACGACAUGCAAAGACAAACUCUCAUUCUUCAGCACUCCACGUGAGUUAUAAAACCCCUUGUGGAAGGAGUCUACGAAGCAUGGAUGAAGUUUUUCGUUACCUGCUUGAGACAGAGUGUAACUUUUUAUUUACAGAUAACUUUUCUUUCAAUACCUAUGUUCAGUUGACUCGGAAUUAUCCAAAGCAAGAAGAAAUUGUUUCUGAUCUGGAUAUUAGCAAUGGAGUGGAAUUGGUGCCCAUUUCUUUCUGUAAUGAAAUUGACAAUAGAAAGCUUCCACACUUUAAGUACAGAAAGACUGUGUGGCCACGAGCAUAUUACCUAAACAACUUUUCCAACAUGUUUACUGAUUCAUGUGACUGUUCUGAGGGCUGCAUAGACAUAACAAAAUGUGCAUGUCUUCAAAUGACAGCAAGGAAUGCUGAGAUUUGCCCCUGGUCAAGAGAUAAAAUAACCAUUGGAUAUAAAUAUAAAAGGCUACAGAAACACAUACCUACUGGCAUUUAUGAAUGCAGCCUGUUGUGCAAGUGUAAUCGACAAAUGUGUCAAAACCGAGUUGUUCAACAUGGACUUCAGGUGAGGCUACAGGUGUUCAAAACUGAGAAGAAAGGAUGGGGAGUCCGCUGCCUAGAUGACAUUGACAGAGGGACAUUUGUUUGUACUUAUUCAGGAAGAUUACUAAGCAGAUCUAACACUGAGAAACUUGAUACUAUUGGUGAAAAUAGAAAAGAAGAAAAUAUUAUGAAAAAUAUGUUUUCAAAAAAGAGGAAAAUAGAAGUUGCAGAUUGUGAGGUUGAAGCUAUCCCAUUAAAACUGGAAACACAUCCUAGAAGUGCUAAGGCUGAAGAGUGUCCACCUAAGUUCAGUAAUAAUCCAAAAGAGUGUGUUAUAGAAAUGAAAUGUAACAAUAUUUCAAGAAUUCAGUAUCAUUCAGUCAUUAGAACUCCAAAAGCCAAGAUAGCCAUUAUUCAACCCGAUGGGAAAAAGAUGGGAUUUACUUCCUCAGAAUCUGUCAGCUCUGAAGAUAACGAUGGAUUUAAACCAGUCCAAGUGCAUCUGAACUCUAAAGCCAAGGAGACAGAAAGUGGCCUUCAGGUUUCAAGAAAGCUGGAAAGAAGGACAUGUGCCCUUUGUCCCAAAGACCUUGAGUGUGGAAUCCUGUACUGUGCACCAUCAGAGGAAAUAGCUGCUCAUGAAAAUUGCUUGCUGUAUUCUGCAGCACUGGUGGAAUGUGAGAAUGAUGAUCCAAAAAACGGUUAUAGAAGUUUUGAUGUGGAAGCAGUAAAGAAAGAAAUCUUUAGAGGAAGGAGGUUGAAAUGCACAUUUUGUCGUAAAAGAGGAGCCACCGUGGGAUGUGAUGAAAAAACCUGUGCCAAGAAUUACCACUUUUUCUGUGCCAAGAAUGACCAUGCAGUUCUACACACUGGAUCUGGAGGAAUUUAUAAGUUAUCGAGAAUGGCAAGGUUUCGUUCUUUUUUUGGAGGAGCAGAUUCCAGCGUGUGGGUGCCGCACAGCAGCGUUCGUCUGUUGGUUUCAUCUGCGGCUGUUGUAAAUGAAGCUGUGCUGUACAUCGGGGUGUUUUGCCAACAACAUGAUCCAUCGAAAGGAAUUCAAUCUAGCCCACUCUCAGUAACGCCUUUGUCUCGUGUCUUCCAUCCUCACUACACUCAGAAUACUACACCAAGAAAAGACUCUGGUUUCUACAUGAUUCAUAUUUCAGCUCAUUUUUCAGGAGUGAAAAGAAAAAGAGAAAGGAAAAAAGGUCUCUCAACAAGAAAUUCUGUACAGCUACCUGAACCAAUGAUAUUAAAUAGGUCCAUAAAACCAAUGAAAGAGGAGGAUGUCAGACACACAGAUGCAGGUGUGAAAGUUGCUUUUCUUAAGAAAUGUAAGGAAGCAGGACUUUUGAGUGAUUUGUUUGAAGAAAUAUUACGCAAACUUCAUUUGAUACAUGACAGAAUCAUGGAGGAGACUACUUCAGAAUCAGACUAUGAAGAAAUUGGGACUUCACUUUUUGACUGUAGAUUAUUUGAAGACACAUUCGUACAUUUUCAAGAAGCAUUAGAGAAGAACAUUCAUCAAUUUGAAGAAAAACAGCAGCAGCUGAAGGAAGAGAUUGAGCUACUUCAGGACUUAAAACAAACCUUGUGCUCUGUUCAAGGAAAUAGAGACCACAGGUCAAGUCCUACUUCAAUGUCUUCUCUAUCUUCGUAAGAGUUACCAUUUUCUAAGCCAGGAAUCGGGACCAGACCUGUAAAAACCACGUAUCUCUAGGACAAGGCCUCUCAUGUCUCUCUGGUCUGCAACUUCUAUCCUCAACAGCCCUUACUUGUUUAGCCUAACUGGGUGUUUACUGCAUCCUUCUUACCUCACUUCUCCUACCUCUCCUCUCUGCAAACUGUUUCUAGAUUCUACAUGAAUAAAUUGGAUCAUACCUCCCAUGUAUCUCCCACCCUCUGUACUAAAAAUUCCCCCACCUCCCAGUGGUCUAGGUUGAUUCCAGUAAACAGCAGGUGCUCCGAGCCCCGGGGC